GUUUUGUCGCUUCCUCCGGUCGAACAGCCCCUUUUCUUCUCGGGUUUGUCCGCUUCUCUGUCCUCACCGCCGGACUCCAAUUCGGUGUUUACCUCGGCAGAAGAAAUGUCGGAUAUAUCCAGCGAACUGUUCGAGAGUGUGCGGGAGGCGGUGGGUCGGAGGGUGAAGCUGAACCUGAGGUGCAAUGUCCAGCUGGAGGUCAAAGGUGACAAGGUGGAGAACAGAGUGCUGGCCUUGGCAUCGCAUCGAGCCUAUCUGAUGACAGCACGGGUCCCUUCCAAGGUUGAACACUCCUUCAGCUACCUGGAUAUCCAGGGAAUCAGCAGCAACAAGCCCACUCAGUUGGUGUUGGAGUAUGAGCGCGGCCCAUGGAGCCUCCGGCUGGGCUCAGUGGAGGAAGUGGACGAGGUGAUCGCUCACAUUGGCAGCUGUCUGCACCGGAUCUGCCCCGCCAGCUCACCUGUAAAGGUGAUGAGGAAGUUGAGUUUAAAGCCUCCAGAGAGGACGGCAGCCCUCCAGGCCAUCUGGGACGAAGAGGGCUCAGCGGAUCUGGGACCGUGCGGCGGGUUUUCUCAUCAGUACUGGUGUGUGAGCGAUUACCUGGGUCUGCCGUACAGAGAGGAGGUCCAAUGGGAUGUGGACACCAUCUAUCUCACUCAGGACACCAGAGAGCUCAACCUGCAGGACUUCAUUCACCUGGAGAACCGGGAUCUAGUGACGAUCAUCGCAGUUCUGGAGUACAACCAGUGGUUCACUAAACUCUCUGCCAAAGACUACAAACUGUCAACAGAUGUGUGCGACCAGAUCCUCAGAGUGGUGGCUCGAUCCAGCCGGCUAGAAGAGCUGGUGCUGGACAACGCUGGACUCAGAAGUGAUUUUGCUCAGAAACUGGCCAGUGCUCUGUCACACAACCCCGCCUCCACGCUACACACACUCAACCUGAGCAACAACUCACUGGAGGACAAAGGUGUUUCUGCUCUAAGUGCUCAACUGGCCAAACUGCCCAUGGGUGUAAAGUUCCUGAACCUCUCCAGGACCUCCAUGUCUCCUAAAGGUGUGAACAGCCUCUGCCAGGCUCUCUGUGCCAACCCAGCCAUCGCCUCCACCCUCAUACACCUCGACCUGUCAGGAAACUCUCUUAGAGGCGACGACCUGCCGAACCUGCACAGCUUCCUGAGUAACUCAAACUGCCUGCAGACUCUGGAUCUGUCCAACAGUGACUGCUCUCUGGAGCAGGUGUGUGUGUCUCUGCUCAGAGGAUCUUUGAAGCAUCUUUCUGUCCUCAACAUGUCAAAGACAGUCUUCUCUCACAGGAAGUGUAAAGAAAUCCCUUCGUCCUUUAAGCAGUUCUUCAGCUGCGCUCAGGCUCUGAGCUCAGUCAGUCUGUCGGGAACCAGACUGCCUCUGGAGGCUCUGAAAGCAUUGUUGUUGGGGCUCGGCUGCAACCCAAACCUCAGUGACGUGUCUCUGGAUCUCAGCUGCUGUGAGCUGCGUUCGGGAGGCUCCCAGAUCCUGGAGGGUUGUGUCGCUGAGAUUCCCAACAUCUCCAGUCUGGACAUUUCCGACAACGGUCUGGACAUGGAUCUGACCACCCUGCUGGUCUGGCUGGCCAAGAACCGCUCCAUCAGACACCUUUCACUGGGCAAAAACUUCAACAACAUCAAGUCCAAAAAUGUGGCUCAUGUCCUGGACAACCUGGUUCACAUGAUUCAAGAGGAGGAAUCACCGCUGACCUCGCUGUCCCUGGCUGAUUCCAAGCUGAAGGCCGACCUCUCCAUCGUCCUCAACGCUCUGGGCAGCAACACCUCUCUGACCAAACUGGACAUCAGUGGAAAUGCCAUGGGAGACAUGGGGGCCAAGAUGCUGGCCAAAGCCCUGCAGAUCAACACCAAACUCAGGACAAUAGUGUGGGACAGAAACAACAUCAGUCCUCAGGGUCUACAGGACGUCGCUGCUGCUUUGGAGAAGAACUUCACCAUUCGCUUCAUGCCUGUUCCCAUCAUUGAUGCUGCUCAGGCACUGAAGGCGAGCCCAGAGAAGACGGAGGACGCCUUACUAAAGAUGGAGCAGUACCUGCUGAGGAACCAUGAGACGCGUAAAUACCUCCAGGAGCAGGCUUACAGGCUGCAGCAGGGAAUAGUCACCACCACCACGCAACAGAUGAUGGACAUGAUGUGUGUGAAGGUGCAGGACCACCUGAACUCUCUGAGGUUCACAGAGACCGUCUCAGUCCAGGAGGACAUGAAGGUGGCAGAGAACCUCAUGAAAGAUGCCAGGAACUCCAAGACACUGCUCCGCAACCUGUACCACCUGAGGAGUGGGGGGUCCAGGGAAGCAUGUGUUGGCGCCAUUCAGGACAAACUGGAGUCGAUGGCUGGAGAGGUGUCCAGAGUGAUGGACGAACAGCUACAGACAAUGCUGGUGUCCAUGGUGGACUCUGCUGAGGGUCUGUGUCCUCAUGUGAUGAAGAGGAGCAUCCUUCGCCAGGAGCUGCUGAAGGCUGGAGGGGGGAGGAUGACCGUGCCUCGCAGCUUCGUCACCACCACGCUGCUGGAGCAGUCUGGGGUCGACAUCAUCAACAAGAUCAGUGAAGUGAAGCUGAGCAUGGCAUCGUUUCUGUCUGAUCGCAUCGUGGAUGAGAUCCUGGAGUCUCUGUCCAGAUCACAGCAUACGCUGGCCGAGCAUCUGAUCAGGAAGUCUCAGCCCCUGCUGGGUCAGGAGCCCCAGACUGAGACAGAGAUUCUGGAUGAGAUGGUUCUGCAGCCAGAAAACCACAAACAGGAACAGAAGCAAAGCCAUGAGCGGGACCAGAAACAUGCGCUGGAGGAUAUGGACACCUGCAUGAUGACUCCUAAAUCCAAGAGGAAGAGUAUUCUGGUCAGGAUGCUGCGCCCCGUCUCUGUGGCUUUUGAGAUGGAGUUUGACCUGGACAAGGCUCUGGAGGAGGUUCCUAUUCAUGUUGAGGACCCCCCUCUUCCUUCUCCUCCUUCACAGCCAUUGGACAGAAGGUCAGCCUACUAUGGAGAACUCCCUCCUCCCCCUACUCCACUGGAUACAAAUACUGUCUAUUUGGGUGAGCUGCCGGCUGUGGAGCACAAGACGCUGGAGCAUCGCACCAAACUCCGCCCAAAACCCAAGAGGACAAAACCCAGCCGACCACCUCGGGAAGCCACCGGCAGCUUGGCGCCAGAAGGUGCAGAGCAGAACAGCAUCAUGGGAAAACUGGACGAGGGUCUGGAGGACUUCUUCUCCAAGAAAGUCAUUAAACUCAACUUCAAACUUCCCACUGUGAGAGGUCCGUCUUCCAGCAUGCAGGAAGCAGCAGAUAAGAAACGUGAAUCCAGGAAGAGUGGUUUCUUUAACCUCAUAAAAUCCCGGACGUCCCGCUCAGAGAAGAGCCAUGGAGCCGCCACCAUGACUCCACCCCACCCUGCCUCCUCUACCACUGCUCCGUCUUCCUCUAUUAGCCCAGUGACUGAGGUAACAACGCCGACAUUCUCCACUCCGCCUGUGAAAAACCCUGCCACUGUGGCAGAGCCCCAUCAGGAGCUCCACAGGACUCAAUCCUCGGACCACACGGAUUCUGAGAUAGAGGCCCCUCCGAUUGCCGCUGAACCUGCUGAGGAGGAGAAGGAGAAGAAGAAUGUAGAGAAGGAGAAGAAGAAUGUAGAGAAGGAGAAUGUGGAGAAGAAGGAGAAGAAGGAGAUUCCCCACAUUCCCCGCCAUAUUGGGGUUCCUAUGAUGGGCAUGGACCUACUGGCUGAGAUGAAGGCCAGACAGGAGAGAAUGGCUGUAAAGAAGUCUGAGUCGCCGCCCGUGCCGCACAAGGUGGACGGUGACAAAGCCAAGUCAGAUGUCCAUCCUGUUGUCCCACCAGGCGCUGAUGAGUCCAGACCAGAGCCGACUCCCAGGUCAAAACCGGCCAGCGUCACCCCCAAACUGCCCCCACCCCAGUCCACCAAACCCCCACUGGGAGCCCGCAUCUCUGGGCCCCUCAGUCCUGCCAGUCCAACCAGUCCCAGGUCGAGCAGCACCUACAUCUUCGAUGACUCUGCUGAGGCUCCAGCAGGCAGCUCGUCUGCCAAAGGACCAGUUCCUGCUCCUCGCCUGAAGAGGGAGCCGUCCGAGCAGGAGAGAGAGAGCAGCAGCAGCAACCCUGCAGGACCCCUGUCUCCACAGGACGUUGAGUUUGACGUGGAUGGUGAUGCGUUCGAGCCGCCCGGUGCAGCGGUUGAACCCGGCGCCGGUGGCAGACAGUGGUCGUCUCUGAAGAGUUCAGCCAGUCCUCCAGCUGCAAAGGAGGAUGACAGAGAGCGAGCCAACUCCCUCCCCGCCUACGUGAGGCCUCCAUCUCUGGCAGACACAGAUCUCAGUCCAGCUGAAGAGGAGAUUCCAUCUCCGGCCGCUGAUCUCAAGUCUGACAACAAAUCAGAGGAUGAGUCUGACGACACUUCUUCAGUCUGAGACCACCAAGAUGUUUAUAGUGUCUCAAUCGUGCUCGACUGUCCUCUCGACACCAGAGGAACUUUAAGGAGGUCAGUCACAUACAGUCAAAAGCAGAGACAGUGGACAAUGAUUUUUUUUUUUUUUUUUUUUUACAAUUCCUAGUGAGGCACAUGUAAGCGGAGGGGGCACUGUAAAGUCUUUUCCGCAUGUCAUGCUGUUAUCAGUGUAGUUUCCUGACCUUGGAUCAGUCCCAGCUGUUCAGCCAAAUGGACGCCAUAUCAGCUCCAUUACCGUCUCUGUCAACACCUCUAAUAGGACCAUAAAGAACAGACCAGAGGUUUUAUCUGGUGCAUAGACAAUCUGGAGUUGCUUAGACAACCAGGUCCAGCUAUAAAAACCCCAGUUAGUCCAAAGCAAUAAGGAGAAUGAGUCUGACUGCCAAAGUAGGUCCAGAUUGAAGCUCUUUGGUUUUGCUGUAUUCCUGUUCUGCAGGUGAACUGUAGCUGGUUAGUGACCGCUAUCAGCAGGUCUUCUGGAGAUAUGACUCCAAAUGUUCUAAAUAAGUUUCUUAACCUGCAAACAUUCACUCCUUGUCUUGAAACAGUAAACUGUCCACAGAUUAGAAAAUGCCAAAAUUAGGAGCAGCUAAAAAUCCUGCAACUCAACAAGAAAGUGUCAAAAAGAGAGUUCAAGCUCUCGGCUGCUAUAGCUGAAGUUAACAGACUGAUUCAAACUGAAACAAAUGAGUCACUUUUUUGUUUUACCAAAACUGUCUUUUAGUUUUUAUAAUAAUAAUAAUGUCCAUGACUUCUAAUGAUUCUGACCUGACUAGUUAAAGGAACAGUGUGUAAGAUAGAGAAAUGGAAUAUAAUAUUCAUAAGUGUGUUUUCAUUAGUGUAUAAUCACCUGAAAAUAAGAAUCGUUGUGUUUUCGUUACCUUUAGAAUAAGCCGUUUAUAUCUACAUUGGGAGCGGGUCCUCUUUCACGCAGGUCGCCAUGUUGCACCGCCAUGUUUCUACAGUAGCCCAGAACGGACAAACCAAACACUGGCUCUAGAUAGGGCCUUUCACGUUUUUCGCGAGUUUUGGGGCCACCGUAGUUUCUCCUACAGAAUUGGAAGGGGAGGGUGAGGCGAGCGGUAUUCAGUUGGUUGCAAUCUGCAGUUUCACCGCUAGAUGCCACUAAAUCCUCCACACUGCUCCUUUAAAAACUUUUGAAGGUUUUGUUCCACAACAGUGAUGAUGGGAAAUGUUACCUUGAGCAUGCAUUGAAAUUGGCUUUAUUUAAAAAAUAUCCAGAUAUUAAAAUAAGCCAUAGGUUUUAUGUAUAUUAUAUAAUUGCAAAUAUUUUAUUGAUAUUGCUAGUCAGGGUUUUCCGGGGUUUAUUUUUAACGUUCUUUGUGUCAUCUGCUUCUGAGCUUUUUCUGCAGCUUUCAACUGCAUCUUAAGUUCCCAUCAGCAGAUGAAGUUUGCUCAAUUGUCAUAAUGUGACCUAAUAUACAGUAUAUACUCAUAUACAACCAACCGUUAUGUGGCGAUGAAGUGAUGACAACUCACCAAACUCCACCUGCCGAUGAAGAUUGAGAGAUGUGGUCGAAAGCUCUGGAAAAAGCUAGUACUAGGGCCUUGAGUUAAGAUUAUUUUGUCAGACUACUAUUUCCAAAAUCAAGAAUGAACUUUCACGGUCAAUAACAAAUUUUGGUUUCAGCUCUGUAAAAAUUCUUUGUCAUUCUCCCCUCAAAAGUUAAGUUACUCUUAAAACAACCAAACAUUUUUCCAAUGGGUGGAGAUUAUUCCUCUUGUUCCUGUUGCACUUUACCUUAAUUCAGGUCGUUGAAAUGAGUGUCCCUACAAAAUCCCAUUUAAUUCUACAAAGUUCUUGAAUGAAGAUCAUUGGAAUUAGAAUUGGGGUGAAAAGUCCGUCUCCAUCAGCAGAGUUUUUCAAUUGUUUUAAUAAAAUUAGAUUUAAGGACACAGUUAUAGAAAUAAAGUAAAAUUGAGCUUUUUUACAGUGUAGAAUCACAGUUGCAGAAAAAAACCUCUCGGCUGAGUAAAUGCUGCGAUCUUGUCAUGUCAGAGUUACCGUGAUUAACAGUUUGUGACUCGUAAAAAUACCGUUCGUGUCAACAUCCGAGUCCACGUAAUGACUGCAAAACUCAGAAUUUUCUGAAAGGUCUGAUAUAUCCUAACUGAUGCCUUUAUAAUGCCUGGAAAGGCAAAUAAUACAGACCCCUCACAUCAGCAAACAUCCUCCGUUCAGACCAAAUUGAAAGGAUAUGUUGCUAUAUUGUCAGCACUGUAUUUUUAAACCUCAUAGCUCCAACUUGGCAACCAUUCAGCCGGGUUUUCUGGCGACAUGAGCGUGUGCAAGUCAUAAACACAGCCACUGUCCAUCCAUGAACACAGCAGAAACCUCAGUGGGUGGAGCCACAAAGGAAAUACCUCUUUCUGUCUCCACCCACUGAGGUUUAAUUUAACCAAUGGAAUUAUUUCUGCCAAAAGCUAAAACCUGCAAUACAACACUGUAGUUUUCUUUCCACAGAAGACAUUUGGACUUGUCAACACAUUUAUUUUCUGCUUAUGUUUAUUGCCUCAGAUUUAUAUUUAACGUCUAACUCAGCUCUCAGUACUGCUGCUGUAUCCUCACCAUAACACACGGCUAAUUAUAUACUGAUUUCUGUUAAUCAUGUACUGCUGCACUUACCCAUGUAUAAUGUAUCAAUGUAAAUAUGUAAAUAUGUACUAACGUUCCUAUCUGCGUAAGGUUCUGUUCAUAAGAUAAAUGGGGUUUAUAUCAGUUUAAUAUUGUAUUAUGAGCAGAAAAUCAGAUUUAUUAUCAGUGAAACAUGCUGUUGAUGUAUGGAUUUCCAUUUAAGAUACAUGGUGAUGGUUUUCAUUUUAUUGGGAAAUAUUUUUGUUAUUUUUUAAAAAUCAGCUUUUAAAAAAAUCUGUUAGAAAUAAUGUGUUUAUUGUUUAUGUGGCAAUGGCCCUGCAAGCCUGGAAAUGUGACAUCAAGCUGUCAAAUAUUUCUGUAUUUGUAUGUUUAUACCAAUAAAUACUGUUUUACAGUUCA